AUGGAAAGAUGCAUGACGGUUGUUCAAACGAAGCCAGGGAAGACCGGCCCGAAAAUCGCGUCGAUGGCGUGGGAAUCGGCGGCCUUUUCUGCCAUGGCUUCCAAGCUUUGCAGAUUCUGUUUCACUGCUCGGCGUCAUCCAUGUUUCUACCGACCUGAUCAUACGCUGUUGGACGAUGAAAUGCGUCUGCCCAUCGCUGUGAUGCUAGGUGCCCACACUGUACAGUACAUACCUCCCACAACCAACCCCUCUCUCAACGCCUCUCUCCAAGUCGCCAGCAUCAUCGAAGCUUCCAGUAUACCAUGCGUCGAGAAACUCGUCACCAUCGCCGUAGCAGCCAUAGACCUGCUCCAGAAAAUGGGAAAGAACAAAAAGGACUACGCCUGGGGUAGCGUCGAGCUGUAUAUUUCAAGGACAUUUUCAAGCGACGGAUAUCUCGCGGGCGUAGCCCAAGAUCUUGAAGAUAUGCAGCAGAAACACUGCAGAAUCAAGAGCGUCCUUCACGUCAACAACUCCAUCCAAGGUUACAGAAAACACAUCGAUGACUUGAAGAUAGACUUCUUGGGGACAACAUCCAAGGUUAGCCAUUACAUUUCCAGUCUACCUCCUGAAAUCUCGCCAUCCAAAAAUAUGCCUUCUGGGUCAGCCGCUAACGACUCUCAGGCCUCAGUUGCUUGGAUUAGAGGAAGAAGGGAAAUGUUCUGUGUCAAAAAGGUCUGUAAUAAGAGUCUGACGCUCUAUCCGAUUGAGCUAGGCAGACAAUACAAAGCUCAUGGCGUUCUCUCUAUUUUUCCUAUGCGCGCUGUUACCUUGUAG